AUGAGGCAAGUUUCGCUCCCACUUGAAGAUUUGCAUGUCUGGGCUCAUUUCAACAACGUUCAGCUCUUCGAGAUAUCAAUCGAGCCACACAUCAUCAGAGAGGAUGGCAACGACAAAGGCGGCGGGCUGCUCGCGAAGGGCGAACACGGUCCGGGAAAGCCUCUUGUUGCUGUCCCUCACGACCUGUUACUGUCGAAAGAGCGAGUCGAGCAAUAUGCAAAAGCAGAUCAGAGCCUACAGGCGCUCCUUGAGGCAGCAGCUCCCUUAGUCCAGAUCCCCCGGACGGCAGUACUACUAUUUCUCGUCUACCAAAUGACCAUCAACAACCCCAGCUCCCGCGGGCGUGGACUGGGACUGAAUAAUCCGUUCGCGGGCUACGUCAAAAUGCUGCCCCAUGCAAUCCCGCUGCCGACCUUCUACACACCGGAAGAAAGGGAAUUGCUUAUUGGGACGUCUCUCUCAGAAGCCCUUGAUCAGAAAUUGAUUAGUCUGGAGCGUGAAUUUGACAGUUUAAAAGCUGCGACUGCAAAGAUCUCCUGGUGCCAAGAGAUUUGGUGGAGUGAAGGCCCAGAUUGCUUGACCAUCGAAGAUUGGAAACUCGCAGACGCAAUGUACCGCUCCCGUGCACUGGAGCUGCCCCACGGCGUUGGCGUUGGCAUGGUUCCUGUCAUUGAUAUGGCAAAUCAUGCCUCUGAUAACCAUUACAACGCCAGAUUCGAGGUUGAUGAAGACUCAGGAUCAGUGUUGCUCGUGGUGCGAGACGACAGAGUUGUCCACAGGGGAGAUGAGAUUACCAUAAUGUACGGCUGCGGCGGUGCAUGCGAGAUGAUAUUUUCAUACGGGUUUCUGGACGAGCACGCGAGCAGUGCCAGGGAGAUAUUCCUGAAUUUGUCCAUCCCAUCCGACGACCCUCUACGACUGGCCAAGAUCCGUUGCGCACAAGAAGCGCCGGGCGUGCGUAUCUAUGUGGAUGACUCAGAUCAAGUCCGCUGGGAGAGUACCUUUGUCUGGUGGGCAUGCAUCAACGAGGAGGACGGUCUAGAUUUUCGAGUGGAGCAGACUAUCUACGGAGAUACGGAGCUGCAGGCCUUAUGGAAAGACAAUGCGCUUCCCGCAGACACAAUACUGCAGUCGAUCUUGCUUGCAGAUCGCCUCCGAGACAUAUUCGUCCUGCGAGCGGUCGUCACAAUCCAAACAAGGAUCGAAGAGCAAGGAUCACGCCUCGCCGAAAGCGAAGAGGAAUAUAACAACACUGUUCGCAGCGAUCAAGUCAGAGAUUCGGUAUACGGGGCGGUCGGGAAUCUUCGGAGGCUGGAGCUGGAGCUCCUGACCAGGGCCUAUGAGACCCUCGAGAGAGAGAAGACACAGCUCCUAGAAUCCGCCAUCGUCCGCGACUAUUUGCUACAAGGCCAGAGCGGCACGGAGUCUCCAGAUGGGACCCCAGACGACUUUUCGUGA